AUGCAAUACAAAUCAACCAUUUUGGCCGCCGCCGCCCUCGCCUCAUCCGCUUCCGCCGCGGUCACCGCGUCCGAGCCAUGGACCACACUGACCCCAACCGCGACUUUCAAGAGCGGUGCCACCUCCUACAGUGAGACCUUCGGCAUUGCCGUUGUCCCCGUGACCAGCUCCGUCUCGACGCUGUCGGCUGCGACGGCGUCGAAAACCGACCACGCCAAGAGAGACGCGAUCUCGCAGAUCGGCGACGGACAAAUCCAGGCUACCACCUCGGCCACCGCCACGCCAUCCAAGAAGAGCUCUGCCGCCGCCAUCUCCCAGAUUGGCGACGGUCAGAUCCAGGCUACUACUUCCACGGCCCCUGCCAAGAAGAGCUCCGCCGCCGCUAUUUCCCAGAUCGGUGACGGCCAGAUCCAGGCUACCACCUCGACCGCGCCAGCCAAGAAGAGCUCUGCCGCUGCCAUCUCGCAGAUCGGCGACGGCCAGAUCCAGGCCACUACUUCCACUGCUUCCGCCAAGAAGAGCUCCGCCGCCGCCAUCUCGCAGAUCGGCGACGGUCAGAUCCAGGCCACCACCUCCACCGCCUCUGCCAAGUCUUCUGCCGCCGCUAUUUCCCAAAUCGGCGACGGUCAAAUUCAGGCUACCACCACCACCUUGAAGCCAUCUUCCGCUGCCGCCAUCUCGCAGAUCGGCGACGGCCAGAUCCAGGCCACCUCCGCCAACUCUACCGUGAGCGCUGCUUCCCAGAUCUCGGACGGCCAGAUCCAGGCCUCGAGCACCUCUUCUAUUUCCCCAGCCUCUUCCUCUGACGCUUCCGAGUUCGUUUCCUCCGUCUCCUGCAAGACCGACGGCACUCUAGAGAUGACCCUGGAGGGCGGUAUCCUGAGGGACGGCAAGGGCAGAGUUGGCUCCAUUGUUGCCAACAGACAGUUCCAGUUCGACGGUCCUCCACCACAAGCCGGUGCCAUCUACGCUGCUGGCUGGUCUAUCACCCCAGAGGGUAACUUGGCCAUUGGUGAGCACGACACUUUCUACCAGUGCUUGUCCGGUAACUUCUACAACCUGUACGACGAGUCCAUUGGCGCUCAAUGCUCUCAAGUCCACUUGGAGGUCAUCGAGCUGAUCGACUGUUAA